AUGAAUGACUCUUCAAAAAAUGGAAUUAAAAAAAAAAAAUGGAGAAAAAUAUUAUAUGAAGACCAGGGCUACGAAGACAAUUAUGUACAUAACAGCUUUUUGAGUUCUCUUCUAACAAAUUUUGGAAUAAAAUACAAGUAUUCCCAAGUUUGCCACAGCAUGCUUUGCGUGAAUCAUCAAAUAAUCGUUGUAUUCUUUCUCUUACUAGCCUAUUAUUGCAUAGACAAAAAUAUUACAUUUAUAUAUGUGAUCAACAUCAUCAUUAUAAUUCUGAAGGAAAUAUUAAUUUACGAAACGCAUAGAUCGUUGAAUAGUUCCUUUAAAAACAUUUUAGACACCAUAAUUAUUAUUGGAAUUAUAUGGAUAUUAUCUCCCGUGCUAAUUAGUUUAACCCAAACUCAUAGUGACGAUACGGUUUAUCUGGUCUCUCUAUUACUCCUGUUAACGCACCUGAUGUUUCAUAACUAUGGUUUUAUAUACGAGAAGAAUGAAAAUAUAGACAUUUUUGAUGCGACGUCCUUAAGCUGUGUUGUUAUUGCAAGUGUGAUAUUAGGCUCUCGUUUAUCCUCAAUUCUGCAGGUUUUUACCUUUCUGUUUUUUUCCUUAACCUUGUUUUUCUAUUCCCCAUUCAUAGUCCAAACCGUAGCACUAAAAAAUAUUAAUUAUUACAAUUAUGUCUUAUUUCCUCUUCUCUUAUUAAUUUUAUCCUUGUUUAUAUGGAGUAUAUCUGUUAGCCUGUUUUAUAUUAGCUUGAUCGGACAUAUUUUCCUAAUUUUUAUUGUUCCCGCUUUUUUUGUAAAAAAAAAUAAUUUAAGAACAAAAUUAGAAGGGCCUUGGGAUAUUUGUGGUGUACCCUCAACAAAAAAUAGGAACUGA